CGGGACUGGGCUGGAGCCGCGCGUGCCGCUCGCAGGGAGCCAGACUGCGCGUCCCGAGCCGCGGCCGCAGCCGGAGCUAGCAAGGGGCUCCCGCCCCGGCACGCAGUCGCCUCCCGCGGGCCUCCGGGCCUCCCCAGCGCCAGCCUUGCCCGCCCGGCCCCAGCAGGCGCCGCAGCCCGUGGCCUGGGCAGGAGCGGCCGCCGGUAACUGCGCCCUGCCCGGGACGGACGCCGGACCGCCCCGUCACGUGCGCCCAAGUCCUCGGCCGGCCGGGGCAGCGCCGUUCCCAUGGUUCAAGGCUGUUGAUGGAGAAGGGGGCGGAUGACAGCCGGGACAGUGGUCAUCACCGGGGGCAUCUUGGCGACUGUGAUUCUGCUCUGCAUCAUCGCUGUUCUGUGCUACUGUCGGCUCCAGUACUAUUGCUGCAAGAAGGACGAGUCGGAGGAGGACGAGGAGGAGCCUGACUUCGCCGUGCACUCGCACCUGCCCCCGCUGCCCUGCGGCCGCAACCUCGUGCUGACCAACGGGCCGGCGGUCUACCCGGCCGCCUCCACCUCCUUCAGCCAGAAGACCCCGCAGGCCCGCGCCCUCUGCCGCAGCUGCUCCCACUACGAGCCACCCGCCUUCUUCCUGCAGGAGCCCGAGGACGAGGGCGUGCGCAACGGCGGGGAGCGCGUGGCCUACCAGAGCAUCGGCCAGGAGGACGCGGAGCUGCCGCCCGGGAGCCUUGGGGGGCUGCAGGCGCUCAACCCCAACCGCCUGUCGGCCAUGCGGGAGGCCUUCUCCCGGAGCCGUAGCAUCAGCACAGACGUCUGAGCGGCCCGCCCGCCCGACGGGGCCCCAGACCAUGGUGGGGUCCCCGGGCCGCAUCGGCCUGGCCCCGGGCCAGGACCAGGGCCCGGCCCAGCCCUCCUCGCCUCCCUGUCACCACGGGGCCCGUGGGGGAGCUCCGCGGCUCACGGCACGGAUGAGGCCCUGUGAGCACACGCGUGGCCGCCAGGGGUAGGGGCUGCGGGGCCUGGGGCUGGAAGGCAGGCAGGCGCAGGCGAGGGGUGGUUCCCGGGUGUCAGGCUGCAGGGCAAGGCAGGGCUCUGGGGGGGGACCCCGGGCUCCUGACGGUGAGGCUGCCUUUCAGUGAAGCCGCCGUGGAGCGUGGCCCCCGGCCCGGCCCCGGGGACGUGGCCAUCCCUGGCUGCGAGACCUGACCCCGUCCCCUCCCCUCCCUGGGCCUCCGCUUUCCCACCUGUUCAAGGAGGAGGGGUGACUGGCGAUGCCACUGGCCCGGUAGCAAGUGCAGACCGAGUAUUCUGUCCUGGAAAGGGCGCCGCUGUCCCCCCCCCCACGUCCCCCUCCCACACACACCCCUGGCUUCCAGGGCCAGGCUGCUGAGACACUCUUUGGGCAGGCCUCACUGCAGAUGCCCUAGAUGAGUUUCAGGGGCAGCCGGGCCCUCGCCAUUCAUAGCCCCACCUGGGUUUUUGGCGACAGAGGGAGGCACAGAGGGACGAAGAGGCCACAUGCCGACCACCUGCUUCAAGAGCGUCCACACCACGAUACGCGCCCCCUUCUGAAGCUGCAGUGUGGUAGGCAGACAGAGCCAGGAACAGGACCAGAAAGACCCACUAUCUCCCCAUGAGGCUUGGGACAGGCCCUCCUACCCACUGGGCCUCAGCCUCCGGGGGCCCUUCAAGCUCUGGUCCCCAGGAGAGACCCCCCGAGCUCUCCCACCCAGCCCCUGUGUCUCGGGAGGAUCUGGGAGCAAGGCCCAUGAUCCUGCUCUCGCUCCAUGGAGGGCCUCAACUGAGCCCACUCCCCACCAAGCUCCCAGCAGGGCCAGGGUCUCCCUGGGAGCCCACCCUCCAACUCCCUCCCUCCAGCUGGGGAAGUGAUACCCAAUGGCCACCCCAUGGAAAUGACCCAAACCCAGCGCCCCAGGCAUGGGGAACGCAGCUCCCCCACCCAGCCAGAGGCAACAAGCAUUUCCUUCUCUGCAGCAGGGCCCCAGAGCCCCCGGCCCUCUUGGGGACCGCCGUGGAGCCCCCAGGGUAAGGUAGCCCCUGUCUGCCAGGGAUACAGACCAAGCUCCUCAGCCAAGCCAUCUUCCUAAAAGACAGAUCUUUGAGGGUCCCUGAGCCACGGGCAACCUGAGCACCUGCCUCUUGCCGAAAGCCCCAAAGAGUGGAGUCAUCUGGAUGUGAGAAGACUCGGGGGAAGACAACUAUUUUUAGCUUUCUGGAUUAUUUCCCCUUCUUCCUUUGUCCUCCUGCCUCAGUUUGGACACGCUAUUGGAAUCCAUCCCCAACUUUCCUUGCAGCCGAUCUCCUCUCCUUUGUGGAACCCCAUGAGUUUGUUUCGUGCAUUUGCUUGGGGGGUGGGCUGGGGUGGGGGGCGAGCCCCGAGAGGUGACACUUCUGCGGGCGGGUCUGUCCCGGGUUCCUCUUUCCUUCUCUGGUCUCUAUUCUCUGUAUAGAUUCAUAGAUCCACUUGAAAUGAGAUAAGCACCCCUCCGUGUGAGCUCACGCAGCUGCACUAUGGGGACCUGUGGGGAGCUGGUGCUCCCUGAGGAAAGCGAAAGCCAAUAAAGCUCAUCUCUGCCACCACCGCCACGCCGCCGCCUUCGGUCAGCCUGGGACUCCAGGCCAGCCCAGACCCCUCCCCGGCACUGUCUGGGAGGGGGCAGCGUCCAGUCCCGUGCCAGGAGGAGUUGGCCUGUCCUCUCCCACCCGGGGGGUCAGGGCAUUUCCCGGGGUGGUCGUGUCUGUUUGCCAAGGCUGGGAGCCACUGGCCUAAACUCUGAGCUCCUGGAGAGCGGGGUGGCGGUGACGGGCUGAGUCACCUGGGACGAGUGGUGGAUGAUCUCUGGGCCUGUGCUAACACCAACACGGUGGGGAGAUAGCGAUGCCCGCUUCAUGGGGCUCUUAGGAAGCCCAUGACGCAGAGCCUGGCACACAGUAAGGGCACAGUGAGUGUUGUUGGAAAGCAGGAUGGGGGCGGAAGGCCGAAGAGAGGGGGAGGAGGGGGAGGAGGGGGUGACAACAAGGCACAGCAGAGGGGUGCAUCAGGGAGACCCAGACCCCUGGAUUGCGGUGGCCCACCUCCCCUGGAACCGAGCUGGGGACCUCAUGCAAGCCCACGGCCUCAGUGACCUUCAGCAUCCAUCCCCAUCGCAGCCCCGUGCGGUGAACCCGGCUCUGGCCCCGGUUUGGGGAAGCGGCUGGCGGCACAUCCCAGGGAAGCCACCUGCCCUCCUGCCACCUGUCGCCAAAGGAGACAAUCCCUGUGGCCUCCUGGGCCCUGUGGCAGUCUCACUUCCGGAGGUGGGUGGACACCCAGGUCUUCCUUCCCUCCACCGAAGCCAGAGCAAGUUGCUUUCAGCGUCUU